AUGGUCGUUACCUUUGCGCCUCAAGGAAUUUCUACUGAAGUUAAGUCUGUUGAGAUGCACCACGAGUCUCUUCCUGAAGCUGUUCCUGGAGACAAUGUUGGAUUCAACGUUAAGAACAUUUCCGUCAAGGACAUCCGACGUGGUUCAGUCACUUCUGACUCCAAGAGUGACCCGGCAAAGGAGACCAAGCAAUUCACUGCUCAGGUUAUCAUCAUGAACCACCCUGGACAGAUUGCUGCUGGUUAUACACCUGUUCUUGACUGCCACACUGCCCAUAUUGCUUGCAAGUUCGCUGAGCUUAAGGAGAAGGUCGACCGUCGAACUGGCAAGAAGGUUGAAGACAAUCCAAAGGCUUUGAAGACUGGAGAUGCUGGUAUUGUCGACUUAAUUCCAACCAAGCCAAUGUGUGUUGAGGCUUUUACUGACUACGCUCCACUUGGACGCUUCGCCGUUCGUGACAUGCGUCAGACUGUGGCUGUUGGUGUUAUCAAGGCUGUCGAGAAGGUCGAAGCUGGUGGAAAGGUUACCAAAUCUGCACAGAAGGCUGGUGCUGCUGCUGGAAAGAAGAAAUAG